AUUGGAAGCGGUUCCUCAGCCUUCGAACUUUGUCGGCCAAUUCGUCUAAUCACCCUGGCUGUCCUUCACGACUACAACCACCGCAGAAUCAUCCACCUUCUUCUACGAUGCGCCGCCCAGCUUUCAAUGCGUCAGCUUUUCGAAAUCCAAGCCCAACUCCUCGCCUCCCCCAUCCCCUCCAUCGACCCCAAUAUCGUAGCAGUCAAGUUCAUCGGCGUUUCUUCCUCCCAUGGCAACCUGCGCCAUUCUGUUCUCGUCUUCAAUCACUAUCUUACUUCUCCGAACAUCUUUGCCUACAAUGCUCUUCUCAAAGCCUUCGCUCAACACAACGCUUGGCACAAGACUAUUGCUUACUUCAAUAACCAGUUGGUAAUGCCUGAUGCACCAAACCCAGAUGAGUAUACUUUCACUUCUGUGCUCAAGGCCUGCGCUGCCCUUGCCCAGGUCCUUGAAGGCCAAAAAGUUCAUUGUUUUGUGACCAAAUAUGGCUGUGAAUCCAAUCUGUUUGUGAGGAAUUCACUGGUGGAUUUGUAUUUUAAGGUGGGUUGCAAUUGGAUUGCCCAGAAGCUGUUUGAUGAAAUGUCUGUGAGAGAUGUUGUUUCAUGGAACACUUUGAUUUCGGGGUAUUGUUUUAGUGGAAUGGUGGAGAAAGCCCGGAUGGUUUUUGAUGGGAUGAUGGAGAAAAACUUGGUGUCCUGGUCGACGAUGAUCAGUGGCUAUGCAAGGAUGGGCAAUUUAGAAGAAGCACGCCAUCUGUUUGAGAAAAUGCCAAUGAGGAAUGUGGUUUCUUGGAACGCAAUGAUAGCUGGGUAUGCACAGAAUGAGAAGUAUGCAGAUGCAAUUGAGUUGUUCAGGCAAAUGCAGCGUGAAGGCGACCCGGCACCCAACGAUGUAACGCUUGUUAGCGUACUCUCCGCUUGUGCACAUCUUGGUGCUCUUGAUCUGGGGAAGUGGAUACACAAGUUUAUAAGACGAAGCAAGAUGGAAGUAGGGCUGUUUUUAGGGAAUGCAUUGGCAGACAUGUAUGCAAAAUGUGGAUGCAUAUUGGAGGCCAAGAGGGUGUUUCAUGAAAUGCAGGAGAGAGAUGUGACUUCAUGGAGUAUAAUAAUUAUGGGGUUGGCUAUGUAUGGCUAUGCAGAUGAAGCAUUCAAGUGCUUUGAUGAAAUGAUUGAAGAUGAUGGUUUAAAGCCAAAUGAUAUUUCCUUCAUGGGUUUAUUAACAUCCUGCACUCAUGCUGGGUUGGUUGAUAAGGGGCUGGAGUAUUUUGACAUGAUGGCUGAAGUUUAUGGUAUUACUCCCAAGGUUGAGCACUAUGGGUGUGUGGUCGAUCUGCUUAGUCGUGCAGGGCGUCUUGAUCAAGCCGAGUCUUUGAUUAACUCUAUGCCUAUGCUGCCUAAUGUAAUUGUUUGGGGUGCACUACUUGGUGGUUGUCGGAUAUACAAAGAUGCAAAACGAGGAGAAUGCACGGUUCGACACAUACUUGAACUAGACUCGAGUCAUUCAGGAAGUCUUGUGUACCUGGCUAAUAUUUAUGCUUCAAUGGGUAGACUGGACGAUGCAGCUAAUUGUCGGUUGAAAAUGCGAGACAACAAGUCAAUGAAAACUCCUGGCUGCAGUUGGAUUGAGAUCGAUAACUCGGUUUAUGAAUUUUUCAUGGGGGACUUGUCGCACCCUCAAUCUGCAAAAAUAUACUCAAUGAUUAAGGAAUUGAAGUGGAAGAUGAAACUUGCGGGAUAUAAACCAAAGACUGACCUUGUGAUUCAUAAUAUAGAUGAAGAAGAGAAGGAGGAUGCUCUUUCUACUCAUAGCGAGAAGCUCGCCCUUGCAUUUGGGCUUAUCAAUACCAGUGAGGGCACUACAAUCAGAAUAGUUAAGAACUUGAGAGUUUGCGACGACUGUCAUGAUGCAAUGAAAAUAAUCUCGAAAAUCGUUGAACGAGAGAUUGUAGUGCGAGAUCGAAGUCGUUUUCACCAUUUCAAAAAUGGUAAAUGUUCUUGUAAUGACUACUGGUAAUCUGGGGUUGUGGUGAAUGCAAACUUUUCACACUAUCUUUAAUGACAUAGAGAUUGUUUAAUUA